AAUUCCUACUGCUACAGUGUUUCCUAGUUUUUAUGAAAAGUUUACAAAUAAGCUUCAUUAUAGUGAGUAUUAGGUAUGUCUACUACGCCAGCUUCUGAGGAAGGUGAAAAUGAUGUCUCUAGCAAUAAGCCAUGUUUACUUUAUCUACAGUCAUCGUUAUUUGCUUCAGUGUUAGAAGAUACUAUAACAGAGUUAAGGGUUCUAGCCGAGACUAACAAUGAACUGCGCAUACUCAAGGCUUGGUCAGAUAUGGGUGUGCUGCGCAGCAUUAAAUAUGGCAUCGACCUGCCGCCUGUCACCGAUGAGCUGGAAGGCAUUGACCCCCGAAACCUUGGCUGCAAUGAGUAUAAGCUCAAUAAACUAGAUGCCGACAGGAAAUUGGCGAUCAAUGUCGUGAUUGGAACGUACAAAGACCUGAGCAUGCACAGGACUUACUCUGCUCUGCAUAACCACGUGAAAAGCAUCAUUCAGCUGGAUACGUAUCGUGAGGAACUGGAAGAGGACGAAGCUAAAAAUAGAAUCCUCCGCCAUGACCUGAUGAAGCAAAUGAGGCAGCAGCGGAACCACAUCAAAUCGGUGCUCUACGACACCGACGCCACCAUUGACGACCUGAAAACACUAGUUGAAGAUGCUCUCCUCUACUCCGAGUGCCGCAGCCGCUACGUGGACAACUGGCAGCGUGCGCGCACCGAGCAGCACGUCCAGACCAUAAAGGACACUGAGAAAGGCCCCUCGGAGUCCAUCGAGUACUACAAGCAGAGGACCGACCACGAGCAAAGGGUGCACUCUGAAGUUGAAGUGCUCAUCAAUAUUGCUAUUAAUGAGACCCUGGAGAAGGUCGACCAGUGGAUGAACAAGUACGACAAAGAUAUGGAGGGGAUCGACCUGAAGAUACAGAUCAGGAAGAAUGAGUAUCAGAAUAUGUAUGACAAGAGGGUUGGACUUGAAGAAACGAUCGAAAAGCACGAUGUUCUGAUGAAGGAGUGGAUCCACUUCAAAGAGGAACGGGAGAAGGCGCGCCUCUACCGCGAGAAGAUGACCAAGUCAGCCAUCAUUGUGCAGGCGUGGUGGCGAGGGCUGCUCGUGCGACGCCAACUCGGCCCUUACAAGGUGUCCAAGAAAAAAGGCGGCGGAAAGAAAAAAUAAUAACUUUUAUAGAAUGAAGAAUAACAUGAUU